AUGAAUAUUUUCAUCUGGGUAACACUUACUCUAUCAGUCUAUGUGAGAUGUUCCACAGCACAAGGAAAGAAGUUGUUCUGUAGCUUCUCCCCAUCUAAAACCGAUUUGAUUGGUUAUCAACCAGAGAACAUACCGUUGGAAGUGUGUCCAGAUGUGAUCUUCAAAGCGUUCAGCUUCCCAAGCAUCGUAGGACGGCAAAUACUGUUCAGUGACAAUGAAAAGAUAGGCUUCAGCCGUGUGGUUUCCAGUGUACGAAAGCGUUCGAAUACAGCACGUAUUGUGGCGUCCAUCGAUGGAACUGCUCGUGAUUUUGCCACUACAUCUAUCGCGAUCGUACGUAGAAAAGCGUUUGUACAAGCCGCGGUCGAGUUGCUGCUUGAGCUAGAUGCAGAUGCAAUCGAACUCAACUGGAAAGCAUCAAGCAACAGUGCCAAUGAUCGAUCUACAAUGGUGCAGCUGCUGCAAGAUCUUCGUCAAGCAGUGAAUGCAGCGAGCAAAAGCAGAAAUCGUACCCGUGAGCUAUGGUUCCGAGGAUCGCUGCAUCCGAGCCUCCUCGCCGAUGCUUACAAUAUAUUCGAUGUGUGUGAGCUAGUCGAUCACGUCACACUGGAUCCCAGCACUGCCGAAUCAUUGGAAAACUCUCAUGCACCAUUGUAUGGAACACCACAAGAACUAGGAAUGUAUAUUCCAAACAUUGGAAAUAUAUACUAUCCAAAGACUGGCUUUCUAUGCAAAUAUAUAAGAGAAGCAGGUUGGAGCUAUGCCUGGGAUGGCUAUGGUGGCAUGCCAUACGUGACACGAGCGCUGCAGAACGGGCAAGUAGAACGGAUUAGCUAUGAAGAUUUGGACUCGUUGCGUCUCAAGAUGGAUAUGGUGGAGCAGAAGCGGUUCGGCGGCAUUUACAUCGAUUAUGUGCACUCGGACGACAUCUACGGAAGCUGUGGACAGGCAUAUACACUAACAACUUAUCUAUCGAGACGAGUGCGUACAAUACCGUCUGACAUUGGGUUUGCUAUCGAGUGGAAUUAG